AUUGAAAUUGUUAAAAACUUCCAAAUUCUUUUUUUGAGGUUAUAUCUAAUACAACAAAAAUAUAUAUGUACUUUAAACAAAUUAAAUUUAACUUUCUUAUUUUGCUGCAGUACUAAAAAUUAAAUCCACAAUAAUUCCUCACAAUAAUAUCGCAAUAAAAAACAAUAAAAAAUGAAAUCACAAUAAAAACUUAUUUUGAUAACACACCACAAACAAUGCUGUCGCCAUUAUAAAAUGUGUGAUUGCCGAUACGGGUGGUUGCGCAUCAUUAAUUGCGUGCGUAUUAAGUGCAGUUCACUGCACACGCAUUCACAGCAUUCGCACUGUGGAUGGUAAAAUGCGUAUGGAUUGACUCUUCUAGCAAGUCGCACUUGUGAACGGAACAUGCUUAUCAUUUUGUAUCACAGGCGCUUACGAAAUGCAGUUCACAACACUCGCAUUAUUACCAGCGUCACAGACGAUAGUAAGAUGCGUAUAUGAACCGACUCAUCUGGUAAGUCGCAGUUAGUGCAAGAAACAUGCGUUUAAAUGCGACGCACGAUUGUUAUCUGGGCAUUUUUAAGUUAUCUAGACAAUGAAAAUUUAAAUCUUCAUUUUAUGCAAAUUGUAGAAUUUGCAGAUAUAAUAGAAACUAUAUCUAAUUAUGAUUUUGAUUGGCUUCAACACUUUCGUAAUACUGGAUUGAAUGUAAAUUAUGAGGAUAAAUUUUUCUUUGAUACAAGUUACUUUAAAAAAUUAACAUUACUUUUAACUGAACACACGAACGCAGAGAUUGCAAAUUUAAUUCACUUUCUAUAUUCAAUGAAUUCGUUGGUUUUUACAACUUGGUAUAAUGGCGAAAGUCUAUCAGCAAACAGAUAUACCGAUGAAGAAUGCUUUACACAUAUGCCAUAUAAAUCAGGAGUUAUCAAUAAAAUUAUAAAUGAUUAUCUACCGAAUAAAUAUUCACUUAUUCAAAAUAUGUUCACAAAUAUAAUUGCAGAAUAUAGGAUAGAAAUAAAGAACAGUUGGUUAGAAGAUGAUAUGAAAGAAAAUUUAUUAAAUUUAUUAAAGGAGGUAAAAUUGACAACAACUGAUGUACAAUUGAGUUCAUCGAGUGUGGAAAUGAUACAGUACAGAAAUAAUCUGGGUAGUGGUUUAGCAUCUAUAAUUGAUGCCAAAUUUUUUCAUGUUAACAAAUUGAUAAAUAGUAUUUAUGAAGGUGCUUUGUUGAAAAAUAGAAAACAUAUUUCAAAUCCAAAUAGAAACAAUGGACGACAGUUAGCUCCUUACGUCAGUUAUAAUGAAAUUGAAAAAAAUCUAAAAAUUAAACUAGAUGAAUUAUGUCUACCAUAUUUUGAUUCUCAAUUGCCAAGAAGUUGGAAUUAUGCAUAUUAUGGAGUUGCUAUCAGCAGAGAAGUUUCUAGAUUUCUCCUGUUACAUUUGUAUGACGCGGGGUAUUCGAGAAAUUUUACCUCUAAAUUAGAUUGCUUUAAACUUUUACAACAUUCAGUGAGGGAUGUAGUUUUUUUAGAUGAACUAAUUAAUAAUUAUGUUGGUUUAAAAAUGGCCUACAAAGCGUUUAAACGAAAUCGAAAUUCGUUGCAAAGUCUAAUUCAAAACAUUCAAGGAUUGAAAAAUAACAUUUUAAAACAACAAUUCUUUAUCGCUUAUUCUGCUAUUUAUUGCGAAGAGACAAAUCCUGUGAAAGUUGAUAUGAGCGCAGCUAAUUUAAAAAGUUUUUUAAAGGCAUUUGAUUGUGGAAUUGAUAGUCCAAUGAAUCAAAAAAGAAAAUGUGAUUUAUGGAUUGAACCAUAAUCUCAAGAUUUGCGUUUUUUAAUGGUGGUGGAUUAAGAGUUAAAAAAAAUAAAAAAAUGUAACUUCUAACAUUCAAAAAGAAAAAUAUUUUGAAAUGUAAAUUAAAAUUUGUUAUUUAUCUUUAAUUUGAAUAUGAAAAUGUAUUGUAUACCUAUACGACUGAAAAAUAUUAGCUAUCAGAUAGUCUUUUAUUCUUUUUCAUGUCCAAACUGCGUAUAAAAAAAUAUACUAUGCUUCUAUAAAAGUAAAAUAAACA